ACAGUUUGUGACAUUGGGCCGACCCCCCUGUACUUUUCCUAAUCCUGCCCCUUGAUGCCAACUCCACACCGUGCACAGCAGAGGACACACAAAGCUCAUACACACACAUCUGCUGGGUAAAUGUUACAUGUUAUAGUUGCUCGUGAUACCUCCGACCACCAUGAAUCUGUGCUGCAGGUGGAAGAUGCUCCUCAUUGUCAGCUUGUGGAGUCGAGUGAACUUUGUGCCUGGGACAUAUUGUGAGGAGGCAGCUGUCAGUCAUCUGUCGAGGGAAGAUGUUUUGCUGUUGAAGGACGAGCAGGAUCCUAAAUGUUUCACCCGGACAGGCCUGGAUUUCACCUGCUUCUUUGAGGCCGCAGGCAACAGGACGUACGAUCUACUCUACAGGUUCAACAGCCUGGGGACAGGGAUCAGGUGUGAUGCGUCCGUCCAGGAACCAGGAGACGACACUGUCCUCCACAUCUGCUCGUUUCCGGCUGCAGAUGUUUUGUUGUUUGUGGAAACGCACGUUGAGGUCGUGGAGCACAACAGCAGCAGCAUCCUCUUCAACAGGACCGUGUCUGUGGAGGACCACUUUCUCCUGGAUCCUCCACUGAACGUGUCUUUACACCAAACUGGGCGAGCUGGGCAGCUGCUGGUCUCGUGGAGAGCAAAGCUCUCGACUUACUGUGGACAUGUGAUGUACAGGGUUCGAUAUUUCUACCAGGGAGCCGGAGAGAAGACAGAAGAGGUGAAGCAGGAUGAACAUAACAGAUUCAUACUGGACUCUCUGGUACCAGGGGAACAGGCAGAGGUCCAGGUCUCUGUUAAAUGUGCCUCUAGUCCCAGUGGAGGACACUGGAGCCACUGGUCCCAACCUGUAAGAGGCAUCGUUCCCCAGAGCGCUGAUGAUGUUUCACUCGUUUGUUUCACCUCCGACUUACAAAACAUCACGUGUCAGUGGAACAGGAGCAGACACGGGUUAGAAAACCACAAACUGUUCUACAAGAUCGAUCUCAGUGACGAGUGGAGCGAGUGCACGACUGACGAGUUCACUGACCUGUGUCGUUUCGAUGGAGUCGAGUCCAGAAAGGUCCGGAUCAGACUGAGCGGCGCUGCAGCUCCACUCGGCCGAACCUUCUACACCGGAGACUUCACUCUGAACAACACCAUAAAAACCUCUGCACCAGAUCAUCUGAGAGGAGCGAUGGAAACAAACCAGUUGUGUUUGAAAUGGGAUUCUCCUCUUCCCUCUGUGUCGGCUCACCUGCAGUAUGAGGUCGCUUACCGGACCAGCCCGGGCGGAGCAUGGAAGAGAGUUUCGCUGGAGGGACCAGAGCCGGGGACGUGUCUGGAGGUGUCAGCAGGGAGCCAGUUCCACGUGAAGGUCAGAGCCAAACCUGAUGGGUCCCUGUACUCAGGCCUGUGGAGUGACUGGUCCCAUGAGCUCACUGGUCGAACCCCCACGGACGCAGGUUUGUGGCUGAUGCUGUGUAUCCCCGUCUCCAUGCUGAUCACUGUGACCUUUCUCAUUUCUACAUAUCUCAGUAAGCUGAAGCAGUUAUUUUGGCCACCGCUGCCCAACCUGGACAAAGUCUUACACACCUUUCUGACAGACAUCGACAAGCAGAGAUGGGAUCCUCCUCUGACCCUGAAGCAGUGGUCUGAGGAAACCACUGAGUCUGUGCUGGAGAUCAUAUCCGAAGACGUGAGGAAACCAUCAGAGGAAUCCACCGAGCUGCUGCCACCCGAGGAGACUCCCUCCAGCGGGGGAGACCAGGUCGAUGGGAUCCCUGGAGCUGAGGUGUUUCCAGACUACGUGACCCUGAACAAAGAGUGCAUCGUCCUCUGUCCACAGAGAAACAAGUACAUGUAUGAGACGGUCGGAGAGGAGCGAGGCCCGGGGCCGGAGGUUGAGCUUCUCCAAACGUGUGGAUGUUCAGUCCCACAAAGCUCAGCUAGUGACUUCCUCAACUUCUCCUACGAGCCUCUGGCCGAGGCCGCAGACAGACCUGACUGCUCGGUCCCUCCUGUCAGGGAACCAGGAAACAUCUACACGAACUUACACUGCAGCUGAAUGUGCAGGCAAACCAGUGGACUUUCUGUUUUUCACUGGAGCUGAUCUGAGGUUUAAUUCGCACUUUUCACACAAACAGGAGAACUCACUGUUUACUGCAUCAGAGUAAAAUACAGAGAUAGAGUUGGACAAUGAUUCAAAACUGGGUUUUAAACAAAAGUGUGUUCACAGCGUUAGUUUAAAUCAUAAAUAAUUUAUUUUACCUUUGUCUUUAGCUUGUAAAAUAAAGUGCUCGGUUGGAUAAAACCAGAGAAUCACACUUUUCUUACAGUUCAACCUUUUGGUUAAAAUGCUGCUCCAGAUUAUUAGUCAACAGAUGAUAUAUAUAAAUAACUUUUGUUUGAAAUUGUAUAUUAGAUUUUCUACACAUCAUGACUGGGAAUCUACAGAGGAAACAAUAACUCACGAGACACUUUGACAUUUAUAAUUUAAAUAAAUCUGCAUUUCUCAUUGUUGUUGUAUAUUUAGAAUAACCUGGAUAAAUGAAAAACCCAUUGUUUCAUAUAUUAACUACUUUACAUUGUAUGUAUCUUCAAUGUAUUUUUGUUUAUCGCACUCAAAACAUUUAUAGACACAUCACUACUAAGUUAUCUCCUCCCAAACAAUGUUGCUCUUUUUCAUUACUUCUUACUAUUAAAACUCGAGGGUUUGUAUUUUGUU